GACGGGUGGUUUAACUCCUCCUUUAACCCCUCCCGUGGUUCCUCCUCCCCUUCUCUGCAGGUCAUCGAGGACUUCUACAACCGCACGUGGCUGUACCGAUAUGAGGAGCCCAUCAGCGCCGCCACCCUCACCACGCUCUGGUCCCUCUCCGUCGCUAUCUUCUCCGUGGGAGGCAUGAUUGGCUCCUUCUCUGUGGGGCUCUUUGUCAAUCGCUUUGGGAGACGCAACUCCAUGCUGAUGUCCAACGUCUUAGCCUUCGUGUCAUCUGUCCUCAUGGGCUUCUCCAAGAUGGCAUUGUCCUUUGAGAUGCUCAUCCUUGGCCGCUUCAUCAUCGGCCUCUACUCUGGCCUCACCACUGGUUUUGUGCCCAUGUACGUGGGUGAGGUGUCCCCCACGGCGCUGCGAGGGGCCCUGGGGACCUUCCACCAGCUUGGCAUUGUCCUGGGCAUCCUCAUCGCACAGGUGUUUGGUUUGGAUCUCAUCAUGGGAAAUGACUCGCUGUGGCCAUUGCUGCUGGGCUUCAUCUUUGUCCCUGCGCUGCUGCAGUGCAUCAUCCUGCCCUUCGCCCCCGAGAGCCCUCGCUUCCUCCUCAUCAACCGCAACGAGGAGAACAAGGCCAAGAGCGUCCUCAAGAAGCUGCGAGGCACAACGGACGUCAGCAGUGACCUGCAGGAGAUGAAGGAGGAGAGUCGGCAGAUGAUGAGGGAGAAGAAAGUGACCAUCAUGGAGCUGUUCCGCUCACCCAUGUACCGCCAGCCCAUCCUCAUUGCCAUCGUCCUGCAGCUCUCCCAGCAGCUUUCAGGGAUCAACGCGGUCUUCUACUACUCCACCAGCAUCUUCGAGACGUCGGGAGUGGAGCAGCCUGUCUAUGCCACCAUUGGCUCUGGCGUGGUGAACACAGCCUUCACGGUGGUCUCGCUCUUCGUGGUGGAGCGAGCUGGGCGCAGGACCCUUCACCUGAUCGGCCUGGCAGGGAUGGCAGGAUGUGCGAUACUCAUGACCAUCGCCCUGACGCUGCUGGAGCGAAUGCCCUGGAUGUCCUACCUCAGCAUCGUGGCCAUCUUUGGGUUUGUGGCCUUCUUUGAGAUCGGCCCAGGCCCCAUCCCGUGGUUCAUUGUGGCAGAGCUGUUCAGCCAAGGGCCCCGUCCCGCGGCCUUCGCCGUGGCUGGGCUGUCCAACUGGACCUCCAACUUCAUCGUGGGCAUGGGCUUCCAGUACAUCGCGGUAAUCACCUCUGGGGGAGCAGGGAGGGCUCUGA